CCAGCCAUAAAGGGCUGCCCUUGCUGGCGUGCGCGAAACGAUGAUUCGUAUAGCACGAUGAGGCUGCCAGCCACUUCCUUGCUGCUGCUCCUGGCGGCCGCCGCGACGCAAUGCCCCGACACCGACGAGACGCUUGAUCUCAGGGUCGUCCUGAGCGACGCGCAGGGCUUCCGGCGCAACGACGUGCGCUGGAGCCUCUCCGCGGCUUCUAGUAUGGACACCUACGCGGCCGGCGCGUUAAUAGGAGGCGGGAACGCGACGCUCGACGCCGGCGCGGAACUCGCGCUGCCGACGCUCUGCGCGGAGCCGGGCAACUACUGGCUCGCGUUCCAGCGGCUGCCCGACGAGUGCGUCGCGGACAUCGAGCUGCUGGCCUGCGCCACGCCGACGCCCGCGCCGACGGCUACACCGACCUGGGCGCCGUCGCUGCGUCCGACGAUGUCCAAGAUGCCCACGACGGCCACGCCGUCCUGGGCGCCCACUUCGCGAAACGCGUCUCGCGCCCCCUCCAUCCUGCCGAGCCCGCAGCCGACGCCCCGGCCCUCGUACAAACCCACGGCGGUGCCCAUUCCGCAGCCUACGAGCCACGCGCCUUCACUAAUGCCGUCGCGCACCCCGACGGCGCAGCCCACGGCGACGCCGACGCCCGCUCCGACGCCCGAGCCGACGCCCGCGCCCGCUCCGGUGCCGACGCCGCGGCCGACGCCCGAACCGUCCUCUGAACCGUCGUCGAGCCCGUCGCCGCAACCUACCGUUGGGCCGACCCGCGUGCCCGUGCCCGUGCCCACGUCAAUACCGUCGCCACUGCCGUCGUCGGCGCCAGUGCCGGCGCCGACGUCCGUCCCGACCUCGCACCCGUCCGGCGUACCCACGUCGAAGCCGACGUCAAAACCCUCGCCGCGGCCGACGACCGCUUUACCAACGACCUGGACGCCGUCGGCCGUGCCGACGAGCCCCCCUUCAGAACUACCAUCCUCACUACCCGUACCCGCGCCCACGCCCAAGCCGACGGCCCAGCCGACCGUCACGGCGGCCCCGACGCGGCCGGGCCCCUGCUUCGACUACAUCAAAACAGAGACGGACCUGCUCCUCUCCUCGUCAACCGUGGACGUCGCCUUCGACCUGAGCACCGACGCGACUUAUGAUGAUGCCUUUUGCGAAGUCGCGGUCGCAAAUUUGACCGUGGGGCUCUCGGGCGACUUCAACAACGGGACCGAGGAUGGCGUGCGGGAGGAGGCCUUUUUAGCGGUCAACGGGAAUAGUCUGGAGACGGCCCGGUGCACGGUGCCGACCGAGUGCCUCGACUCUUCCGGAGGGCAGACGUUCGGCUUCCGGAGCGCGGGCUACGAGACCUGCGCGCCGUUCCUGGACGUGCCCGUUACUGUUCAAGACGGCGUCCUCGCAGCAACGAUCUCGGCGUCGGCGUCCGUCGACGGGUGCCCGGCAUUCGCGCGCGCGACCCUUAAUGCGCGCUACUGCUGCUUCUCGCCCUCAUCAAUGCCGACGCCGGGGCCUAGUGCAGCACCUUCAUUUAUGCCGUCGCGCGUGCCAUCCUCAAGGCCGUCGUCAUUACCCUCGCUGCCACCAACAAAAGCGCCGACGAGCACGCCUUCGUCCAUGCCCUCGCCAGUACCCUUUCCGGCGCCGACGCCCGCGCCCCAGACGCCGUCAUCGACGCCGUCGCGCGUCCCUUCAUCAGCACCUUCACAAAUCCCGACGCCGCGGCCCACGGAAAGCUUCGCGCCGACGAAAGUGCCGACCACAACACCCUCUUCCUUGCCCUAUCCGGCGCCCUCACCGUUACCAUCGACGAGCUUCGCCCCGACAACCGCCGGCCGGCCGUCAUUAAGACCGACGCGGAUGCCGACGCCGAUUCCGUCGCCGGCGCCCUCGACGGCCGCGCCGACGGCGGCCUGCCUGACGGCGUUCCCGCUCGUCGUCGGCGGCACGAAUAAUAAUGGAUGCGAGCUCUACGUGGCCUACGACGUGAUUGCUGGUAGCGCUUCCUUUUCCGGCCUGACGCUCGAAGAGGCACAAUCGGCUCAGGCGGUCUUCCAGGACGCCAUCGCGCGCGUGGCUGGCGUCAGCGUCGAUAGAGUGACGAUCCUGAGCGUGUCCGCGGCAGCGCGGCGGCGCCUCACGGAUACGAUUAUCGUCGAGUUCGAGGUCCGCGCGACGGCCGAGGAAAGAGCUUCUGUGGAUGCGAACCUGUUGCGAGCCGAGGCGGACCCGGCGUUGAUGGAUACUGCAUUACAAGCGGCCGCCGCGGACGCAGGCGAGGAGGCGCUCUUCGCGGACGUGAAGACGGAGAGCUUUGCAACGGACGCCGAGGCGCCCCCCGCCAAGUCGAAGAAGAAGAAAGCUGAGUGGUCCUUGGGACGGUGGAUCCGCCGCAACAAGGACAAGCUCUGGUUCGUUAUCGUGCAGUGGAUCCUCGUGGCGCUCGCCGGCUUAUGUUUCCUUGCUUGUACGUACAGGGUGCUGCGCGGCACGGUCGAGGAAAACUGCGCGAAGUGGCGCAAGCGUUCGAAGGCCCCCAAGGUCAAGCCCGGCGCGACGCCCACGCCGGCCCGCAAGAAGCCAUGGUCCUCGAGCAGCUCGAAGACGAAGCCUAAAGUAAAGACGGCGCCGGUCCCGUCCGCGCGGCCGGACCGCGCGCGCCGGCCGCCGCCGCCCUCGUCGUCCGAGGAGGACCGUUCGUCUGAGGAGGCGCCGCGCGCGACGCGCCGCUCGGCGCGGAAGACGCCGCGGCGGUCUCCUAGAAAGUCGACGCGCCGGCGACGGCGCCUCGACGACGACGAUGAUGAUGAUGAUGACGACCGCUUCGCCGGGCGCCUCGUCGACCACACGACGCGGCGGCGGCCCGUCGACAAGCCGCCGUCGAUCUUCGGCGCGCCGCGGCCGCCGGCCUACUCGUCGGACGACGACGAUGAGGACGACGACGACCUCGAGCGCGCGCGCGGCCGGUCGCGGCGGCGGCGCUUCGGCGGGCCCGUGAACCGCGUGUCGGACUACGACCAGUCGUCCGACGACGACAGCGAGGAGUACGACCUGCCGGGGCCGCCCCCGGCGCGGCGCCUGGAGAUGUCGGCGGCGAAGGCGCGGUCUCCGCCGAUGCGGCCGCCGAUGCCGCCACCGAGUCCCGCGUUCCCGUCGGCCUUCGUGGCCUCGCGUCCACUAUACAGAAAGUAAUGAGCCUUGUUUGGU